UGGUUAUAACUAUAGGUUUAGUUAUUCGAUCUUAUCUUUUAGGAUUGAAAUUUAUGUUCAAAACGAUGGGACGGAGGUACUUGUUCAAAAAUGAUAAGGGUUAAAAAAAAUGAUAAAAGUUCGAAAUCUGGACAGUGUUGUUAUCAAUAUUGUGACAUUACGGUGGCAGUAGCCAGGAGGCAGAAAUCGUCUAUCGUGGCACUAGACUCUAAAUAUGAGUUAAUAGAGUAGAUCUUGUAUAAACUGUGUACGUUUUAAACAUUUUAAAUUAUAUUUUUAUUCAAAAUUGGAUACUAUACAAAACAAACACAUUUAUCAUGCCGUCUAACGAUUGGAACGAAGUCAAAUUAUUAGCCGCUGACUUCCAACGGAUUCAGUUAACCACUUCAUCACAGAGGUAUUUAUUUAUUUAGCGUAUUUCUAAGCGUAUAAUCUAUUGUUUUAGCAGACAAGAUACGUAAUCAAAUUCAUUAUUUUUAUUUAUAAGGUUAGGGGAAAGAAAUUGUGUGGAAAUAGUAGCAAAAUUAAUCAGUACAGGUUUACUUGAUGUAGUAUUUACAACGGAUGGUAAAGAAUAUGUAACUCCAGUACAUUUGACCAAGGAAUUAAAAGAUGAAGCCUAUAUCCAAGGAGGUAUACAAAUAAUGAAUUUACUGUCAAUUUCUUAUCGAACAAUAUCAACCUUAGUUUUUAAUUAAUUAUUAUAGUACUUUUAAUUUGAAUUAAAAUCUAUAAGUAAUGCAGUAUCUUAAUUAACUUAACUUUAAUAAAUCAGAAUAAAUGAAAAAAAUAUUUAUAAUAUAAAUACAUACCUAUUUGCAGUAAAAUUACAUUAAAAAAAGUAUUAAUUAUAUAAAUAAUAUAAUAUAGUAUAUGUAAUUAUUGUGUUAUUAAUAAUAAUAAAAUUAUAUUUUCAGGUCGUAUUAACAUUUUGGAUGCUGCUAGGGCUUUAAAAGUUGAUCCAGAUGUUGCAUCAAAUUUAUGUGAAAAAUUAGCGAAGGAAGAAUCUGAAGAUUAUUGUAUUGUUCAUGGCCAAUUAAUUGGUUUGACUUAUUUAGAUCAGAUUGCUGAAGAUGUAAUUGAUAAACUGGAACAAUAUGGACAAAUAAAUUCGUUAAAAAUAUCUCAACAAUUUGAUUUACCUGUAGACAUAAUUGAUGCGGUAUAAAUUAAAUUUUAAUUAACUUAUUUUUAUUAAAGUGUAAAAAAUAAUCAAUUUAUGUUUUAGAUGCUUGAAAAACGUAAUACAAAUUUAGGUUUUAAUUUACACAAAAAUAAAAACAAUCCAUAUUUAUAUUAUACAGAUUCAUAUUUUAUUUCUGUCAAGAGAAUAGUCAGAGGAGCAAUUUUAGCUAUUACCAGGCCAAUUUUAUGUACAGCAAUCAUAAAUCAAUGUUCCAUUGAAGAAAAAGAAUUUUUUAGUGAGAUUAUUAUUUAUUUUUUUUACAUAUUACACUUUAACUAGGUAUAUAAUACAAUUUUUUUUUUUUUUUGGCAAGUCAAUCAUAAAUUAAUGUAUGUGUGUGUCCUAUAUGCAUUACUACACCAUUUAUUUGAUCACCAUGAAACUUUAGAAAGUUGUUAAGUACACUCCCGCAAAGGUUUCUAUCAUAGUAUAUCUGUAAAAUUCUUUGAUGGCCCCACUAUCACCCACAAAAUCCGGCUUUUAGGUACUUUUGGUGUGAAUAUACAUUUUUUUAUUUUAUUUAUGAAUUACCUUUACAAUACAGGUGGAAAAACAAAUAUUAGUUAACUAGGUUGAAAUAAAAAAUUGAAAAUUGGCAGAGAGGACGCUGAUGCAAAAUAGUGUUAUUCUGUAACACUAUUUUUCAUAAACAAGUGCCCAUAUCAAUAAACUUUUAUGAAUGUUGUUGAUGGUUGUAGUAAAAAUUUUACUAAAUAUUAACAUUUCAAAAUAACCAUUUUUAUAUUGUUAUACAAAUUAAAAGGUUUCAAUGUUUAAAAGUGGAUUUUAGAUUCUGAUUGUAGCGAAGAAUAUACUGGUUUUAAAAAGAUGUUUAUUUUUUUUAUUUUUAUAUUUGUAUACUAUAUACAAAAAUUCUACCAGAACUUUUGUCCCAAUCUAUAUGAUGUAGACCUUUUUCUGAAAGGAAAUUUUCUUGGGUUGGUUCUUUAGGGAGAUCGUUUUUUGAUUUUACAGAAUAAUGCUUUAUUUUUUUUUCAUUGUGUUAUUUGUUGUAAUUCAGUAAAAAUAUUUGUAGAGAUUUGAAAUUUGAACAGAAAACUUAUAAAUGCAUUUUCUAGACGUGGUAAAAUUUUCAAAACAUUUAAACCAUUUUAAUUUUGCGAGUUUUAUUCGGUAGUUACUCUGUGGUAAAAUUGUAAGAUUUAACAGAAAUGCUUGACAAUUUUAGAGGAGUUUAAUUAAAAGUCUUACUUUAGGUAAAAAAAAAAUUGGAGUUUAAUGUAGUAUUUUUUUUUUAUAUAGAAAUUUUCAUAUCCAACUUUGACAAAAAUUGUGUGGAACAAAUCUAAUUUUUUAAUUUUUUGUUUUGGAAAUAAUAUGUAUAUAACCAAUUUAAAAAUGAUUGUGAGUAAGAAUUUAACAGACUAAGUUUGGAAUUUAUAGCUUUUUUAAGUUCUGAUAUUAUAUGUUAUGUUAAAUAACUCUAUAUUGUCUACUUUAAAGUACUAGUAACCUUAGUACAUCCUAGGGAUCGUGAGUUCAGAUCCCAGUUUUAAAUCAAAUUGUUUGCAUUUAUUUUUUUCCUUUUGCUUAAACAGAAAAAAAAUCAAAUUCAUUUAAGUGUACCUAGAGACCCAACUAUUGCUUGUUCGGACUAUUUAAACUCGAAAAAACCCUCAUUUUGUUGUGCGAACUUUUUUACCAGAAAUUUUGCUCUGAUUAUUAAGUGUAGCACUUUUUCUGAAAUUUUUCUGGGCAGGUCUUUAAGAAGGUUUUUUUUUUGAUUUUUCCAAAAAAAAUGGAAAAAAGGGGAGAGAAGAAAAUAGGUACAAUGUUAAAUAAAUAUUAUUAAAGAAAAUUUUUGAAUCCAUAUUUAAUUAUUUUACUAUCAUAUGACAUAUAUAUUGUUGACAAAGUAACACUAUCAAUUGAACUCCGCUCAAGAUCGUUUUUUCAUUAGCAAUGGUUUAUCAUUUCUUAUAGAUACAAAUUAAUUUUCCCUUUAUUCCCCUACAUUCUCUUUUCACCAACAACAAUGGCUGCACCUAUAGAGUAAAUUAUGACUUUUUAGUUUUAUUAUGUAUAUUGCAUCCAUUUCAUGGUUUUUAAUAAUCAAACAUUGUAUGGCAUAUUGUUCAAUUAUAUACUGAAUAGUAUAUACAAUUAAUUACAUAAGUAAAUUAAUAGUAUAUGGAUAAUAUAUUAUAUUAAUUUUAAAUCAUAUUUAUAUUUUGUUUAGCUGUAUUUGAAAGUUUGGUAGCAGAAAAACAAAUACCAGGAAUAUUGACAGAUAGAGUAGGGAAUUCGUGUACCUAUGUUCCAAAUAUAUACACCAAAUCUCUAAACAAUUGGGUCAUCAAUUUUUACUCAAAUAACAAAUACUUGGGUAAAAAAAAAAAAAAAAACAGUUUUUAUAAUAUUUUUAACAUUAUUGAAUAUUUUUACUUGGCAAAUACUUACAGAUUAUGAGGCAAUGAAUAAUGUUGGAAUAACCGAUCCCAUUUCGUAUAUAUCACGCAUACCACUUGGCAAAGAACUAAUUGCAUUGUCAUCGUGCUCUAUUGGACCUAAAAUAUUAAAUGAUAUUUUAGCUGCUGUUGAGGAGUCCAUUGCUAGUGGAACUUGGAUUGAUAUUAUGGUUUGGUUCACCCAUUAUUGUUUUUAAAACAAAAUUCUAGUUUGGUUUUUAAAUUUUAAACACAAUAUAUUCUCCGUUAAUUUAGGAUUUUGUACCCAUUGUUUUUGAUACAAAAGACGGAAUAAUGAUAUUGGAAUAUUUGUUAAAAAAAAAUAAAUUUUCAAAUAGUUAUCAAAUUUUUGAUAAUACUGUUUUAGUGACUGAUAAAUUUAUUGAAAUCCAAUCUCAGCGUAUAAUCAGUAUAAUAGACACUAAAGUUAAAAAGGUAUGUUAGAUUUGAGCAUAUUUGAAGUAUAGAUAUUUACAAUUUGUUAUGUGUUGAUUUUAGAUUGUUGAAUCUGGAGAAUAUGCAGAGGCUUUAAUAAAUUGGAAAAUUCAACAAAAAUUUACUGAAGAUAAAAAUCCCGAACUCAGUCGUAAAGAAGAGCGUAAAAAAAAAACUGGAAAACAUGGGGGAGGAACACAGGUUAACAAUUUAUAAUAUCAAAAUAUUUUGCCUACCAAUUUUAUUUUUCUAUAUUAAUAUUUCUAUAAAUUUUUUUAUAGUAGAUAUCUAGAUUUUUCUUAAACCUUAUCUUAUUUUCUAGAUAGAUAUCAAAAUUUAUUUUUUAUAUGCAGGGCUCAGAUUUUGUAGUAUUUGCUAAUUGUUGUUAUUGGAUAAAUUAAUAAUAGUUGUAUUUAUUUUAUGUAUCAUCGAUUCCAAGUAUAAAAUGUAUUUUUAUAAUUGAAGCAUUUUAGAUUUUCAGUGCUAUAUUUUAUUGAUGUAAAUUAUUUUAUGUUUUUCAUACAUUUUAUUAGAAUUUUAUUAUUUUGAAUGGUUAUAAUUCAAUUGGCAGUCCUCAUUUAAUUUUAUUUUUCUAAUUUAUUAAUAAGAAAAAUAUAAUGCCCAGUAUGGAAUAAGGCCCAACAACCAAAUCCCUCUCCUAAUUACCCAGUUGUACUGUUUUGUUUUAAUCUAGUAUAAAUUAGUUGGCUAAUAGACAAUUUAAUAUUAGGGACGUGAAACUAAAAUCAAAGCUGUUAAAAAAAAAUAUGGACACAAAUCAAAACAAGAUUCUGAUUCUGAUGACCUAGAAAAUAAAACAGCCAUAAAUGAGCAACUCAUGAUGGAUAUAGUUAACGUCAAUGAGAUUAGAGAAAACUUAGAAACUGAUGAAUCAUUUAAAGAAAUUGAUGAAGACAAGAGCCCAUUGAUAGAAAAAAUUGUUUCAUACCUUCAUCCGUAAUGCUAAUAAUUAGAUUAAUAUGUAUAAAAAAAAAAAAAAAAAUUAUAUUCUAUAACAUUUCAGAAUUUUAAACAAAGAAGCUCUGAGGAGAGCACAAGAUAUUUAUGAUCAAGUAAUGGCAAACCGGAUGGGUGAUCGACGAAAAGUACAUCAAGAAUUUCGAGACAAACUAUUAUUGCUACUAUUUGACUUUAAUCAAUACCUCAAAGGUAUUCAAAAGUUUGAUAACACUGAUACACAAGUACAACUAACAUCAUUCUUGUUAAAAUCUAUUGGCGGUGAAAUUAUUGAAAAUGUUAAGUCUUAUAUAGCCAAAAAUAAAGAAAAUGUGUCUGAGGUAUUUGCCUUUUUAUGGUGUUAUAAAAUAAAUUAUAACCUGUAUAAUUAUUUUUAGUCUAAGUCUAAUAAGUAUGAUAAACAAAUUGAAGAUGCAAUUGAAAGACUACAAAAGUCAUUAACAUCAAAACAAAUUGACGAUUUUCUUGAAGCUGUUGAUCAGUUAUUGUCUUCUGUUGAUGUAGUACAAAAAAAGCAUGAUCGAAAAAAAGAAAGGUUCUAUCUAUUAAUCUAUUUUGUACUACUGUUUAAUUAUUUAGAAUACAAAUAUUAAAUUAUUAUCUUAAUAGUUUUACCCAAUGUGGAUUAAUAAUCAGUUAUUAUUUAUCAGAGAACAUUUACAAAAUUAUCGUCAACUACUAGUGAGAUCAUUGGACAUUGAGGAUGAUGCCGCUCAAGUACUAUUGAUUGCAACACAAAUACUUUUUCAAUCAGUUACACAAACAAUGAUUAAAAUAUCGGGUAAAUUUGUAUCAGUUCUUCUCGGAUUUUUACAAAAACAUAUAAAUGAACAAGAACUGUCUGUUCUUCAAAAUUAUCAUGGUAUAGUUAAUAAUAUUAUAAAUUAUAAUACUGUAAACUGUUAAAAAUAUUUUAAAUACAAUUAUGUGUUUUAGAUGCUGUUGUACAACUUUUGAAAACUGAGGAUCCUGUAGAAAAAGAAAAUAUUAAAUCAAAACUGAAAGAAACUACAGAAAUUGUGAAAGACAUUGUAAACAAUUUUAAAAAGACGGGUUAAUUAUUAAAAUAAUGUAUGAAUUACAUCAUUAUUUGAAAUAGUAAUUUUACUGCUAUACUAUGUAUAUUGUAUGUACAUUAUAGUUUAUACAAUUACUGUAUUUUAUGUGUUUAAAUUGAUUAUUAUAAAAAAUAUUAUAUUGAUA